ACUGCUGUACUGUUAAAAAAUUCAUAACGGUGGCCUGCAGGUUUACCUAAUGGAAAAUUGCUAGCAAGAAGUUUUGUGAACAUUUUUCAUUAGCUUUGCUGUAUAACAGUAAUGAGAUACUGCCUUCCUUUCUGCUUUCUAGGUACAUACAGUAUAUGCCGGUAGAUGAGCCCAGGCGAGCAUGAUAAUAUUAUCAUGUAGUGCAAUCGUAAGCUACCAUACCUUAAACACUACGGUUCCAUUUGCACUUCUACUGCUACAGACUACGUUCGAUUUUUUAGCGAUUUGCGAUCUAAUCACAGUUGUGCGUUCAAAUUGCCCAGCCACCGUCGCCACCGACAGCUACACAGCAGAUUUCCUCUCAGGUAGAAUAUUAUUACACCAUCUUCUUCGUGUCUUAAGUUUUAUUAAAACCGCUACUAAAAACAGAUUUCGCAGUCGAUUCUGAACGAUGGAGUUAUUCCCGGUAUUAUGGCUCGCUUGUUUCCUGUUAGCCGGUGUUUCUGCUGGUUAUGAACUGGAAACUGAGUGUAACCCGCCCGCCGCUAGUAACGCACCGACUCCAGCCGCAACGUUUUCAUUCCGCGUGGAUCGUUUAACCACCGAUGAAUGCAAUGCCUAUGUUGCGUUGAUAAAGCCAGAGGGCGCUUGCAAUCCUCCGAUCAUCCCCCAGUGCAACACCACCACCAACGACGAAUUUCUCUUUCAACCGACAUCCAAGACCUACCUCGAUGUCGGCUGCAGCGCGAACGACCGCGCCGCGAUGGUGCAAUUAACCAAAAAUAUCCCGACCCUGGCCGCCAAUCGCGCCACGAAAAUCGAACUGCAGGAGCGCAACGACACCACCGACCCGGUACACACGGACGUCAUCGAACCGAUCCGCAACCAGCUCAUCCAUUUGUCUAUCCGCAACUGCGUCACCAACUCGGCGACAGCAAAAGUCUACGAUCUCGGGAAUCUGCCGUUCGUGCUGCGGUUUGAUAUGCAGUCGUGCUGGGGUUUGGUCGUGAAGAAGCGCGAUUUCGAACGGAUGCCGCAGGUGCGCAUGAUGCGUUUUCUAGGGUCAACUAUCGAGUCAAUGGAACCGUACACUUUCACCAAUCUCGGCUAUCUGCGUAGCUUGGUGAUCGAGGAGCACAUCGCAUACUUUAUGGAGCAGAAAACCGAUGGGCUUAAGCAUAAUCUGCCCGCGGGGAAUUUCAUUGCCGAUGCGGAUGUGGAACGAGUGAGGAAGCUGCACUGUGACUGCUCCUUUGCCUGGUUGCGCAACUUCCUCAAAAAGAAUCCCAGUUUGAUCGCGGAAAAGGUCAAGGGCCAAGCGUAUAUUCUGGGAAAUUUCCUGUCGGCCGCCGUGUGGAUUCGGGAUAGCUAUCAAUCGGUGCUCAGUGUGGACUGCGGGAAAAAUUUUACACAGGACAAUGUCCGUGCCGGUACACAGUUCUCGUACAACACAGCGUGUUACAAAGUGCGCUGCUAACCGUAGUAACCGAUGAUGCUUAUUAGAUGCUGUUCCUGUUCACGUUACGAAAUUUCUUGGGUUUGGCUUUUGGUUAAGGGCUGGCUGCAUGUUGAGAAUAAGAAACAGCAAAACCGUACUUAAUAAAAGCCCUCACGGGUA